AUGGAGCGCCGCUGCUGCAAGGACGCUCGAUUCGGCAGCCUCUACCGCAGCUUCAUGAGAGAGUACGACGACCUGCAACACAUGGAAGUUAUAGAUACCUCAACGGAACGAGUGGACACCGCUAAGUGCUACUUAUCGCAUCACGAAGUAUUGCGAGAAACAAGCACCACCACGAAGCUCAGGGUCGUGUUCAACGGCUCACAGCUCACGACCUUGGAUACCUCACUCAACGCCAGUCUGCUGACCGGCGCCAACCUCCUGCCAGCUCUCACCGACGUGCUCCUUCGUUGGCGCUGGCACCGCUACGUCUUUGUGACAGACAUCGAGAAGAUGUACCGCCAAAUCCUCAUCCAUUCGGACGACCGCGAUCAUCAGCGAAUACUUUGGCGGCAUCGUGCCACCGACGGCAUCCGCGAAUACCGCCUACGAACGGUCACGUAUGGCUUGGCGUGCGCGCCCUUCCUCGCCAUACGGACCUUACAUCAGCUCGCCGACGAUGAGGGUGAACGUUUUCCGCGAGGAGCUGUCGCGCUGCGCCGCGAUACUUACGUGGAUGACCUCGUGACCGGCGCAAGCACCCUCUCGGAGGCCACAUCAGCCCAAUGA